AUGGCGGAGAGGGAGAAAGGAGCCACGUCCCCGGCCGGAUCGUCUCCGUUCCUGGGGCUGCAUCUGGCCUCGCCCCCCAAUUUCAGGCUCACCCAUGACAUCAGCCUUGAGGAGUUUGAGGAUGAAGACCUCUCUGAAAUCACCGAUGAGUGUGGAAUCAGCCUGCAUUGUAAGGACAGCCUGGCCCCCCGGCCAAGAAGAGCGGGAGAAACCAAUAGCGGCCUGGGGGUGGGCGGCGGGGAGGCGAGCCGGCUCCAGGCAGAGAUGCUUCAGCUGGACCUGAUCGAUGCUGCCGGGGAGACCUCUGCCGAAGAGGAAACCGCCCCAGAGCCACUCAAGAAGGAGCCCCCGCCGGUAACCAUGGACACCUACAGACCCAAGCGGCCCACAACUCUCAACCUCUUCCCACAGGUGCCUCGGACCCAGGACACUCUGAAUAACAACUCUCUAGGGAAAAAGCACAGUUGGCAGGAGCGGGUGUCCCGGUCAUCAUCCCCCCUGAAAACUGGUGAGCAGACCCCCCCCCAUGACCACAUUUGCCUAAGUGAUGAGGUCAAUCACCAAAACAGCACAACCUCCACCAAAGAUCGGGGCACGUCCACAGAGAGCCCGUGCCGGCGCACGGCCGCCACACAGAUCGCCCCUGCCUGUGUUGUGUCCUCCCGGGUGCCUGAGAAGCACCAGGCUGCCGGCCGGCUCCCACCCCACAACCCCAGUGUGGUGGUGGUGACGAGGGGGCCGGAAGCCCACCGGGACCGCAUCCGCUACCAGACGGACGUGAGGCUAGAGGCCACCGAGGAGAUCUACCUGACACCUGUACAGAAGAACUCGGACCCACUGGAGCCUGAGAAGCCCUUCCUGUCGCAGUCCAGCGAGAACCGCAUGUCCAUCAGUUCUGACAUCGACACCUCCAGCUACCCCGCACUGAUGGGGAAGCCCAAUCCCUCCAUCAGCGAGGAGGACGAGGUGCUGGACUACAUGUCCUCGCCCGAGAAAAUGAGCCUGCCCAGGACCUCGUGCAGCAGCAGCAGCAACGGUGGCUACCGGCAUGGGCACAGCCUCCAGAGGGCGUCAGUGAGCUCAGACACCAGUGCCCUCUCUUACGACUCAGUCAAGUACACGCUGGUGGUAGAUGAGAACGUGCAGCUGGAAUUAGUCAGCCUGAAGCAGUGCUACUCAGGCUACAGCGACGAGAGCGACUCAGCAACCGUCUACGACAACUGCGUCUCCUCGCCCUAUGAGUCGGCCAUCGGCGAGGAGUAUGAGGAGGAUGCGCUGAAGCGUGAUUCAGUCUGCCUGUCUGAGGACUCCACCCCCGAGGCUGAUAUCCACUUCUCCAAGAAGUUCCUCAACGUCUUCAUGAGUGGCCGGUCGCGUUCCUCUAGUGCGGAAUCGUUUGGGCUGUUCUCCUGUAUGAUCAAUGGGGAGGAGCAGGAACAGACUCACCGUGCUGUCUUUAGGUUUGUGCCUCGUCAUGCGGAUGAGCUGGAGCUGGAGGUGGACGACCCUCUGCUGGUGGAGGUGCAGGCAGAAGAUUAUUGGUACGAAGCCUACAACAUGAGGACAGGCGACCGGGGCAUCUUCCCUGCUUACUAUGCGAUUGAGGUCACCAAGGAUCCUGACCACAUUACAGCCCUGACCAAGAACAGUGACUGGAUGGAUCAGUUCCGGGUGAAGUUCCUUGGCUCAGUCCAGGUUCCAUAUCACAAAGGCAAUGAUGUGCUGUGUGCGGCUAUGCAGAAGAUCGCCACCACCCGCCGCCUCACUGUGCACUUUAACCCACCCUCCAGCUGCAUCCUGGAGAUCAAUGUGCGAGGAGUCAAGAUUGCUGUGAAAUCUGAUGAUUCCAAGGAGCAGAACAAGGGUAAUAAAUGUAGCCACUUUUUCCAGCUGAAGAACAUUUCCUUCUGUGGAUACCAUCCAAAGAACAACAAAUAUUUUGGGUUUAUCACCAAGCACCCAGCUGACCACAGAUUUGCCUGUCACGUCUUCGUCUCAGAGGAGUCCACCAAGCCGCUUGCAGAGUCUGUAGGGAGGGCUUUCCAGCAGUUCUACAAGGAGUAUGUGGAGUACACCUGCCCCACAGAAGACAUCUACCUGGAGUAG